GCACCCCAACCUUGACACCAUGAAGAUCCCAGUUCUUUCUGCUGUGGUUCUUCUCUCUCUUCUGGCACUUCACUCUGCUCAGGGGGCUGCCCUGGGUAGUUCUAAGGAAGAAACCACUAUUGGUAAUUAUGCGAAAGGACCUGAGGCCUUUAACACUCCAUUCCUGAACAUCGACAAGUUACGAUCUGCUUUUAAGAAUGAGGAAUUCCUGAACUGGCAUGCCCUCUUCGAGACUAUCAAACGAAAGCUUCCUUUCCUCAACUGGGAUGCCUUUCCUAAGCUGAAAGGAUUGAGGAGUGCAACUCCUGAUGCCCAGUGACCAUUCCCUUCAAGACCCAGCGCUGCUGAUACCCACUGGAAGAGGGGGCUAAUGUGGGAUCCUACAAUCACUCUUUCCUGGCUUGAUAAUUCCAAUAAAAUAUUCU